GACAUCAACGCGACCGAUCGCGUCCUUGCCAGCAAGAUGUCCCUCAUCAAUUCAGCACUCGACGAAAUCGGCAUGACUCGCUUCCACUGGAAGCUGUUUUUCGUCCUCGGAUUUGGGUAUGCCGCAGACAGCGCUCUGAUCGUGUGUCAUUCGAUCGCACAGACUGCUGUGACUCAACAAUACGGCGCUCCCUCCAAGAGAAUCAAGGGCAUCGCCCUCGCUUCGCAAGUUGGCCUGCUUGUCGGCGCUGCGGGAUGGGGAUUUACCGCGGACAUCAUCGGACGGAAGAUUGCUUUCAAUACGUCCUUAUUCUCCUGUGCUAUUUUUGUGCUUGUAGCGGGUGGCAUGCCCAAUUACAUCUCUUUCGCAGCAAUGGUCGCACUCUACUCGGCUGGUGCUGGAGGGAACUACAUAUUAGAUGCCACAAAUUUCCUGGAGUUUCUGCCUUCGUCACAUGCCUGGCUUGUUACCUUCCUGGCAGUGUGGUGGGCUGUGGGAUACACAAUCACAGGUCUGCUGGCCUGGGCUUUCUUGAGCAAGUUUAGCUGUCCACCUGAUGCGACACCCGCAUCCUGCUCGAACGCAGAUAACAUGGGCUGGCGAUACAUCCACAUCACUAUCGGAUCUUUGGUGCUGGGCUUGUCCAUUCUUCGGGUUGUGGUAGUCAAGAUGCCCCAAACACCAAAAUGGCUGGUCAGUCAAAAUCGAGACGAGGAAGCUUUCAAGGGGCUGGAAGCACUAUCGAACAAAUACGGCCGUCCCAUCACCCUGACGGCUCAAGACUUGCAAGCUCAAGGUCAAGUCUUGCACACCGAGAAGUCCGUGUGGUCGGCAUUCCGCUUGAAGAAGCAUUUCGGGGGCCUCUUUGAGACGAAGAUACUGGCCUAUUCGACGGUGAUGAUUAUUUUGAAUUGGUUCGUCAUCGGCAUGGUGUCGCCGCUGUACUCCGUGUUUCUGCCUUACUACCUGAAGUCCCGCGGAGCACACGUUGGUGAUGCCUCUCUGGACACCACUUGGCGUGAUUAUGCCAUCAACCACGUUGUCGGACUUGCUGGGCCCAUCAUAGCCGCCGUGUUGGUGGAGACACGCUGGCUGGGUCGACGCGGGACACUUGCGAUUGGAGCUGGGUCGACUAUGGCGUUGCAGUUUGGGUACACACAAAUCAAAACGCCGGCGCAGAAUCUCGCCGUGAGUGCGACGAUCACGGCCGCAAGCAAUAUCUACUAUGGCACGAUCUACGCAUACACCCCUGAAAUUCUCCCAAGUGCACACCGUGCGACGGGCUACGGACUGUGUGUUGUUAUGAAUCGAGUCGGAGGCAUUAUUGGCGUCUUGAUCGGAAGCUAUGCGAACGUGGAGACCACGGCUCCUCUGUUUGUCUGCGCAGGACUUUUCGGAUUGCUGAUUGUUUUGAGUCUGGCAUUGCCAUUUGAAAGUAGAGGGAAGAGGAGUGUAUGAGACCUUACUACCUGCUUUGGGUUUACCGCUACAAUUUUGAUAUGCAUCG